GCUCCAGAUGGCGUCUUCUGUGGGCAACGUGGCCGACAGCACAGAACCAACGAAACGUAUGCUUUCCUUCCAAGGGUUAGCUGAGUUGGUACAUCGAGAGUAUCAGGCAGGAGAUUUUGAGGCAGCUGAGAGACACUGCAUGCAGCUGUGGAGACAAGAGCCAGACAAUACUGGAGUACUUUUAUUACUUUCAUCUCUACACUUCCAGUGUCGAAGGCUGGACAGAUCUGCCCACUUUAGUACUCUGGCAAUUAAACAGAACCCUCUUCUGGCAGAAGCCUAUUCGAAUUUGGGGAAUGUGUACAAGGAAAGAGGGCAGUUGCAGGAGGCAAUUGAGCAUUACCGGCAUGCAUUGCAUCUCAAACCAGAUUUCAUCGAUGGUUAUAUUAACCUGGCAGCCGCUUUGGUAGCAGCAGGCGACAUGGAAGGGGCAGUACAAGCUUACGUCUCUGCUCUUCAGUGCAAUCCUGAUUUGUACUGUGUUCGCAGUGACCUGGGGAACCUGCUCAAAGCCCUGGGUCGCUUGGAAGGAGCCAAGGCAUGUUAUUUGAAAGCAAUGGAGACGCAACCGAACUUUGCAGUAGCUUGGAGUAAUCUUGGCUGUGUUUUCAAUGCACAAGGGGAGAUUUGCAGUAGGAGAACCUAA